AUGGUAAAAGAAAGAAGGAUCACUCAGCACAAAUGGGCAGAACCUUUUAUGGAACCCGUGGAUGUUAAGGGUGUUGGAUUGGAUGAUUACUAUGAGGUUAUUGAGAAGCCUAUAGACUUCAGUACUAUAAAAACCAAGAUGGAAGCAAAGGAUGGUUCUAGCAAUAAGCAUGUCCGAGAGAUAUAUGCAGAUGUUAGGCUAAUAUUUAAGAAUGCAAUGAAAUAUAAUGGGGAAAGAUAUGAUGUUCAUGUAAUGGCAAAAACCUUGUUGGGAAAAUUUGAGGAGAAAUGGUUGCAUCUUUUGCCUAAAGUUGAUAAAGAGGAAAAAUGGCGGAAGGAAGAGGAAGCAGAAACCUAAUAGGAUAUGCAACUCACUAAAGAGGUUGCUCAUGCCAAAAUGUCUAAAGAUUUAAAUAUUGAGCUAGAUGAGGUGGACAUGCAACUUGAAGAAUUUAGGGAAAUGGUGUUUCAGAAAUGCUGGUUGGAUCCUUAA